GUUAGUCACACCAGUAACAUGACACGCUCAGCUGUGAACAAGCCAGAGAUCUCUCAGGGCACAAACCAUUGUGGCUCCCAAGUCAUCAUAAAAGCAGUUCUUCUCUCCAAGGACAGAGCAGAAGACAGAGAUGGGAAAGCAAAAUUCUUUCAAUGUCUGGAUAAGUACAUUCCAGCAACUGCAAGAAAAGGAGCUGAGGAAGGAUUAUGGUCAUGUCUGGAGUCUAACCUUUCAAUAUAAUCUAGGGGACAAACUGACACCUGAACAGAAGAAAGAUGGUUGGAAAAUAUUAAAAAUGAAUUCAUCUGGGAGUUUUUUCUGCUCAAAGUGUUCCAGUGUAUGGGAAUCCAGCUUUUGCCCUUUUGUUUUCCAUUACUGGCUCAUGAAGUCUAAGAGAGGCUUAGUACAGCUAAAUAUCUGCAGAGAGCAGUGCCAGAUAUGUAAGAACCCUAAUAUGAUAAAACUAACUAUACAGGAAGACACAAUGCUGGAGUUCCUGUUAACACUAAUCAAGGAAAUUAGGAAAAACUUUUACACAGAGGAGGAGACACUAACGACUAAAAACACAAACAAUGGAGCUAUUAUCUGCUCCUCACCUCAGCCAACAGAGAAGGAAAGGAAAACACCCAGCAAUGUCUGGAUGAGCACAUUCCAGAAUUUACAAGAAAAAGAGCUACAGAAGAAUUACGGCUGUGUCUGGAAUUUAAACUUUCAGUAUGAUCUAGUGGACAAACUAACACCUGAACAACAGAAAGACGGCUGGAAAAUAUUAAAAAUUAAUUCAUUUGGCAGAUAUGUCUGCUCAUUGUGUUCUAAUAUCUGGAAAUCUGGCCUUAUCCAACUUCUUUUUCACUAUCGUUCUGUAAAUUCUAAGAGGGGCUUGGUGUUAUUACUAUUACAGUGUCCACAAUGUAAAAGCACUAAUAUGGAAAAGACAACCCUAGAAGAAGACAAAAUACAUGAUUUUCUAAUGAGUCUAAUUACAACAAUUAGGAAACAAUGUUACAAUAACAACAUCCAGCCCACAACUUUAAAGACACCAAAAUGCAAAGCUGUUCCAUCAUUGCCACCAAAAGAGAAGGAAGGAGAAAAAAACAUCAAUGUCUGGAUAAGCACAUUCCAACAUUUACAGGAAAAGGAGCUGCGGAAGAAUUACAACUGUGUCUGGAAUAUAAACUUUCAGUAUGAUCUAGUGGACAAACUAACACCUGAACAACAGAAAAACGAUUGGAAAAUAUUAAAAAUGAAUUCAUUUGGCAGAUAUGUCUGCUCAUUAUGUUCUAAUAUCUGGAAAUCUGGCCUUAUCCAACUUCUUUUUCACUAUCGUUCUGUAAAUUCUAAGAGGGGCUUGGUGCUAUUACAAAUCUGCAGGGAGCAGUGCCCACAAUGUAAAAGCACUAAUAUGGAAAAGCCAACUCUAGAAGAAGACAAAAUACAUGAGAUACUAAUGAGUCUAAUUACGGCAAUUAGGAAAAAAUGUUGCAAAAACAACAUUCAGCCAACAACUUUAAAGCCACCAAAAUCCAAAGCUGUUCCAUCAUUACCACCAAAAGGUAAAGGAAAACAAAAAUCCCAAAAUGUCUGGAUGAAAACCUUUCAUUUUCUGCAGGAAAAGGAGCUUGGGGCAGAUUAUGGUAAUGUUUGGAGUUUGAAUUUUAAGUAUGUAUCUAAUGGGAAAGCUGACUCCCUGAGCAGAAGAGUGAAGGAUCAUGGAUCUUUACGCAGAAUUCAUUUGGCAGUUUUAUCUGCUCAAAUUGCUCCAAUAAAUGGAAAUCUGGUUUGAUCACCCUUAUCUUUCAAUUUUGCUUGAAGUCUAAAAAGGGGCUUGGUACUAUUAAGGAUAUUUAGACAGCAGUGCCGAAGAUGUAAAUACCCUAAUUUAGAGAAACCAACUAUAGAAGAAAAUGAAGUAAAAGACAGUCUGAUGAGACUUAUCAUAAAAAUUAGAAAAGACUGCUACAAUGAGAAGAUAGAGAAGACAUCAAACCCACAAACAAGAGGUUCUGCUAUUACCAAAACCACAUGAAAGUAAUCGGUGUGAAAGCCCUGCUUAUUUGGGAUGUGUCCCAAAUCUCAACGAUAAUCUCAAGCUAUCAUGGAUUUUGUGACACAAGGACAUGAAAGAAAACACAACAAAAUAACCCCUAAUGCUUCUUGAUAAUAGCAUCUGAUUUACAGGUUUCAGUCAUGAAGAACUUAGUAUCAGUUUAUGUAUCAUAUUGCAUCAGCAUAAAAGAUUGUUUGUAAAUAUCCAAUCAAAUAAAGAUUCUCUGCUGUACAA